AUGGCACCAGCAAAGAAGCAAGCCAAGAAACAACAACAACAACAACAACAACAAAUCGUUGAGAAGAAAAAGGUGGCUUCACCUAUCAAAAAAUCUGUUGAGAAGCCAAAAACACAAAAAGUCCAAGAUUUAGUUGAAUCUGCUUCAGGCGAGAGUUCAGCUGAUGAAGAAGAAGAAGAAGAAGAAGAGGAAGAGGAUGAGGAUGAGGACAUGGACUUGGAUCAAGAUGCCAAUGUCGAAGGCGAUGAUGAGGAAGAGGACGACGAGUUUGAUGAUGAUGAAAUGGAUUUAGAGGAGGAUGGUGCCAAACAACCCAAGAAAUACAGCUCAGAAGCCUUCUCUGAUGCCAUGACUAAGAUUUUAGCCAGUACAUUGACUGGAUCCGACAAGAGACAACCUAUUCUUGCUAGAUCAAAGGGAUUAGAACGCAAGCUCGAAGAUGAGAAAUUAGACUACAAAGCACGUAAAAUCAUGUCAGCAGAAAAGAAAGCGCUGAAAGAAAAGGGCCGAGUUAUUCCUGAUUUCACUACCUUUGAAUACGAAAAGAGAUUAAGAAAGGUUGCAACAAGAGGUGUCGUUAAAUUGUUCAAUGCUAUUCGCACACAACAAAAAGUGACAGAAGUAGCUGUUCAGAAUGCAUCAGAAACUCGCAAGACACUUUCAGCAAUAGAAAAAGCAAAGAAUGUGUCCACCAUGUCAAAGUCAAGCUUCUUGGAUCUUUUAAAGACUGGACAAAAAUAA